ACCUGCCCUUUCUACACCUUUAAACCAUUGAACUUAAAUAAACAAACAAAACAAAUAAAAAACAGCCUACCCUAGAAAUUCCUAAAUUGAAUGAAUGAACAAAAUACACAUUAUAGUAGCCUAGUAAACUGUAUAAAAGUAUACUGCCAUGUUUUAUUUAUUUACGUUAGCUAAGGCAACUUUGUUUGUUAGUCUAUGUGGGUCCACACUCUCUUUUUCAUGUUAUUUUUCACUAUUUAGAAUUCUGUUUAUUCUAGUGUAAUGUAUUUGUGUUUAUUAUUUUUGCACAUAUAGAUCAGUGUAGAAUAAUUCCCGUCCAGUGAGACUCACACUGACUCAAAAGCCUUUCGUUCUGUGGUUUACCUGUUGCUCAGGUGUGCGCCGUUACAACUGGAAAGUGAAAUGUCAGGUGCAAUUCCCGAAACGCGAGCAUAUAAACGGCGGAGGGCAUGGAGGAGAGACGAGAUCUUCCAGCAGCAGCAGCAGCAGCAGCAGCUCAUCAGCGGAUCAAGCAAGUCUUCUGGAGAACACGACACGAUGGACCUUCGUUUGGUGCAGCUCUGCCUUCUUCUGUCAGCUCUGUGUUUCAGCUCCGUGCUGAGCUGCAGAUGGAUAAAACACAUGUUCCAGCACCACCACGGAGUCUCUUUGGAUCUGAUCAGAAAGAUGGGUGAGAAAAUCCAUAAUGACCACGAGGACAUCAACCCAAUCCCAUAUGAGCUGAUCAAUAACCACAGAAGAGCAGAGCCCGAGAAACAGAUCGUGUUCGUCAUUCAGGCUCUGGUGGAGAUCACUGUCCUCUUCGACGAUGCCAUCGUUCCUUGGAAUGCUAAAAAACGGGAACAUUUCUUAAAUGUCAUGCAUGAGGAGAUUAAAGGACUGCAUUCAUGUGGUGCUUACAAAAUGAAGAGGAACAAAAAGCUUCAUCUGUAUUUUGAAAGACUGAGACACAUGACAGAACUGAACACGGAGGAUAGAGAUCACAGCUGGGAGAUCGUCAGAAACCGGGUCAUAAGUUUCAUGAACCAGCUGGAGUUCUUCUCCGUCCUCACUCACGUUUAAUAACUGGACCUCUUGAAGCCUCACUCCAUUUACAGAAGGAAAAA